CUGGUUAUAGGGUCGACUAUGGUCAAUCUACUUUCGAUUCAACAGUCGAAAUGAAGAUGGCCGCCGAGGUGAGGUGGCUUUUAAUUUUUCAUGUGUUUUCUGUAAUUUAUGCAGUUUUUGGUGAGAUACCCCAUCGAAAAUUUGAAUAUAAAUAUUCAUUUAAACCACCAUAUCUUGCACAAAAAGAUGGAAGUGUGCCUUUUUGGGAAUAUGGAGGAAAUGCAAUUGCUAGUGCAGAAAAUGUCAGAGUAGCUCCAUCAUUGAGAAGUCAAAAAGGUGCUAUAUGGGUAAAACAUCCUGUUACAUCCUUUGAAUGGUGGGAAGUUGAAUUAAUAUUUAGAAUAACGGGAAGAGGAAGAAUUGGAGCAGAUGGUUUAGCAUUUUGGUAUACCGGUGAAAAGGGUGCAUAUAAUGGCACUGUCUUUGGUAGUUCUGACCAAUGGCAUGGUCUUGGAAUUUUCUUUGAUUCUUUUGACAAUGACAAUAAACACAAUAAUCCCUACAUUAUGGCAGUUCUCAAUGAUGGCAAAAAAACAUUUGAUCAUGCUAAUGAUGGUACCACACAGUUAUGUGCUGGUUGUUUGAGAGAUUUUCGUAAUAAACCAUUUGCCACAAGAGCCAAAAUUGAAUAUUAUAAGAACACUUUAACAUUGUUAUUCCAUAAUGGUAUGACAAAUAAUGAACAAGAUUAUGAAACGUGUUUUCAAGUUGAAGAUGUUUUUCUACCAAAAGGAGGAUUUUUUGGUGUUUCGGCUGCAACUGGUGGUUUGGCUGAUGAUCACGAUGUUUCUCAUUUCUUAACACAUUCUUUAUAUCCUCCUGGUCAGUUAAGGCCAGAUCAAAAAGUAUCUCUGGAGGAACAACAAAAACUUAGUCAAGAAUAUAUGGAUUAUCAAAAAAAAUUAGAACAAAGGAAAGAAGAAUAUCGCAGAGAUCAUCCAGAUGAACAUCGUGAAAAAGAAGAAUUCGAAGAAUAUUUUGAAACUGAUAAUCAAAGAGAAUUGCGACAAAUUUUCUCUGGCCAAAGUCAAAUGUUUGAUGCGCUGCGCGAAUUAAAUAGGAAAUUGGACAACAUAGUAGGAACACAAGAGCGAUCUUUAAGUUUAAUAUCUCAAAUUCAAGUUGGUGGUGUUCAAGUAGGAGGUCAACCAGGACAACAAGUACAGCUGAUUGAUACAAUUCGUCGGCAAGAAGUCGAUACUCUUUUAACUAAUCAAAAUAAUAUAUUAAAUACUGCAAGAGAAAUUAAGUCCUACGUAAAUGAAGUAUAUUCCAAAGCUGAUACCAUUCUUAGUAAUCAGGCCAGAGCUCCAACUGCUCAGGUACAGCAAAUGGGAUAUGAUUAUCAUUCUCUUAUUUCUGAAAUGAGAGACGGACUUAAUACACUAAAAAGAGAUAUUACUCAAUUAAAUACUAAAGUAAACAGUGGAGGAACAGAUUGUCCAACAACGAAUUGUUUAACAACAACAAUGUUCUUACUUUUUGUGGCGAUCCAGAUGAUAAUUUUAUUAGCAUAUAGCACGUACCGGGACAAUAAAGAAGCACAGGCGAAAAAGUUGUAUUAAUAUUUGUUUUCGAUCCUACAGUGCAGAAGUAAAGGGGGCGAACAAUGGAGAGACGACGAGGAAACGAAGCAAACGAGAAGGAGACGAGAGAAAGGAAAAAAAGAACGGGAGCCUAUACCACUUAAGAGGAAAGUAUCGAGCCACUUAAGCAGUAAUCUGUCGAGGAGCGUCCUCUCUCUCGUUCGGCAGGGGUGGUUUGUGUACACUGGCCAGCCGUCGUCAACCCUUGUGCUUGGGGCGUGCAGCUCGCCGCAAGGGUAAGCAACUUUUGUUUCAGACCUCGACGGGGGUCUUUCACGAGGAUUUCGGAUGGAACGUGGAUGGACGCCACCCACUCAGGACGGUCAGUUUAUGCGGUUUCCGGAUAUUUAUGGGGUGCAGGAACGAUCCGAAGGGGUGGUGACCGCGGCCAGGGCUAUAUAUCGUACAAAUUGGACGCGGAAACUCGUGAAAAUGCGAGCCAAUGGCAUGAUCGAAUUUCCGCUCUUCGUACGAGCUCGGUCUAUUGAACUUUGGAACGCGAAACCGUCCGAUUUAACCUUCUCCAAAGAGAUGGAUCACUGUUUGCUCUUUCGCGUGAGUCGAGCAGAUCCAUUUGUAUCCAUUUGCGAUUUUUAAAUCAAGCAUCGAUUGUUGCAGGAGAUCGGCCAAUUUUUAAUCGGUUGUUGUUUGGAUAAUAUGAUGAUGUUGAAUGGAAACAAUUUUGAAAUAUGUUUUGAAUAAUGUUUUCUGAUAAUGAAGAAAUUCUUAAAAUUAUUCUAGCAACAAUAUAAUAGAUGAUAAAUAUACUACAUGAUAAAAAUACUUCAAAUACUAUUCUUUUUAUAGAUUGGAAAAAAUGAUUCUUAUUAUGAUAUAUCAUAAUAGCUCUUCAGAUUACAUUAAAAUAUUAUAAAUAAAAAUCUAGAAAAGAACCUUCUGUUAUUUCUAACAAUCAAUUUUUAAUCAGUUAUUGUUUGGAAAAUAUGAAUGGGAUGAUAUUGAAUGGAAAUAAUUUUGAAGUAUGUUUUGAAUAUUUUCUGAUAAUGAAGAAAUUCUUAAAAUUAUUCUAGUAACAAUAUAAUGGACACAUGAUAAAAAUACUUUAAAUAUUCUUUCUGUAGAUUAGAAAAAAUGAUUCUUAUUACGAUAUAUCAUAAUAGCUCUUCAGAUUACAUUAAAAUAUUAUAAGUAAAAAUAUAAAAAAGAACCUUCUGUUAUUUCUCACAAUCAUUUAUCAGUUUACAAUUUUUAAUCAGUUAUUGUUUGGAAAAUAUGAAUGAGAUGAUGUUGAAUGGAAAUAAUUUUGAAAUAUGUUUUAA